AUGUCAUCAACAGCAACGAUGGAUCCGAAUAACAACAACAACAACAAUCCCUCUUCAUCCGUUGUUGGAGGAAUCAAUAAUGGAGGAAAUGAAGGAAAGGAAGAUCCGGAAAAGAUGGUUCUCUCCUUAACCAAGACUGCCUUUGAAACACUCGAACGAGAUUUUCAAGAAGUGAUCAAUGAGUUGGCUGGAAAGGAUCAUUUGGAAAACUUUAGAAUUGAAUACGAAAAAUUGCAUCGGACCUUGCUGCGAUGUCAUGAAAACGAAAAACGAUUAAUGAAGAAGUGCGAGGAAUUGACUCAGCAAAUAGUUGCCAACGCAAUCAAAAUUCAAACUGCAUUGAACCUCACAAAAGAAGAUCAAAAUACGAUUGCAAUUUUGAAGAAAGAAAUUGACAAGGCAUGGAAACUUGUGAAUGCUUCUCACGAAAAAGAAGCCAAGGCUAAAGAGACGAUUCAAAAACUAACCAAGGAAAUUUCAGAGCUCACAAAGCUGGCAAAUCAAGGAAAUAAUACUACCACGGUUCAAGAUGCAUCAGCACCUGAGCUUGAAAAAGUGAAAAAAGAAUUAGCCAAAGAACGAGAAUUGAAAACAGCACAAAUUAUUCAAUUGAAUAAUGAACUCUCGAACACACAGCUCAUUAUCAAUGAUCUCAAUCAAGAUAAGAAAAAGUUGAAUGGUGUGAUUGAAUCUCUGAAUGAACAACUCAAUGAUACGAAAAUUAAACUUGACCAAACCAUCAAGCAAAAGGAAAAAUCUGAAAAGGAAUUGAAAGAAUCAAAACAACUCUUGGCAUCAAAAACUCAAGACGUGUUCAAAAAAGAAGCAGAGAUUAAAAAGGAACAAUCAAGAUUCACCGAUUCUGAGAAAACCAUCAAGGAAAUGGACUCUCAAAUUGCUACUCUUCAUAAGAGAAUUGAUCAAUACAAAGCUGUCAUUGAACAAGAUGAAAAAGAACGAAGUGGUUUAAUUGCAGAAGUUUCUCGAUUGAAAGCCAAUGAUGACAAAUUGAACAUUGAAAAGAAGUUACUUGAAAACAAAAUUAAAGAAGUGACUGACGAGAAAAAUCAAUGGCAUCAAAGCUAUCAAGCACUUCAACAAAAGAAGAAGGCAGUUGAAAAUGAAAAGGAAGAAGUUGAACGAUCGAAAGACGUUCUCAAUCAAGAAAUUACCAGAUUGAAUAAGAUGAUUGAAGAAAUUAAUCAACAAAAAGAGCAACAGACUGAAGCAGGAGAGAAAUUGAAGGCUGAAAGAAACUAUUUGAGUAAGAGUUUGGUCAUUAUGAGAAAAGAAAAGACAAAGAAGCAAGACAAUAUCAAAAUUUUGGAAGGAAAUCAAAAGGUUCUAAAAGCUGAAAUUGUUGCUGAGAGAAAACAAACUGAAAAGUAUCGUCAAUUAACAUAUACUUUGGAAAAAGAAAGAGAACGAUAUUCAACCAGUGCAUCCGACGCCGAAGUCAAGUACAGACAAGCUCUUGAAGAGGUGAGAAUUAAAUCGGUGGAAUUGAACGAACUCCAAAAGAAGAUUGUCGAAUUACAAGAAAAACUCAAACAACAACAAUCUCUCUAUGAAUCGGUUCGAAGUGAAAGAAAUUCCAAGAGUAAGGCACUGAUUGCUGCUCACGAAGAGGCUGAAGAGAUGAAGAAACAAUUUAAAGUGAUGGAACAACAAAUUGUACAAUUGAAAGAAGAAAUAACGAGUCGAGAAAAGGCACUGGUGGAUGAAACGUACAAUGCACGACAAAUUUUAAAGAAGAAGGAGAAGAUGAAGGAAGAAAUUAAACUAUUAGAAGAAAAGCAAAAGGAACAAGAUCGAAUCAUCAAAGCACAUGAAUCUGAAAAUUAUCGAUUGACACAAAUUAUUAAACAAGCAGAUAAUGAGAGAAGAAAACAACAAAAAGACUAUGAUGCAGUUGUGAGCGAAAGAGAUGUUCUAGGUACACAAUUGAUCAGAAGAAAUGAUGAAAUUGCACUUCUCUAUGAGAAAAUUCAACUUCAAAACAGUACAUUGGAUAAGGGAGCCGUUCAAUACAGAGAACGACUGGAAGAUAUUAAGAUUUUAAAGCUAAAAAUCAAAGAUCUUACACGACAAUUGCAAGUAUUGAAGAAACAUAUUUUCAAAGUUCGAGAAUUUCAACGUGAAAAUCAUGAGUUGAAACGACAUUUAUUAGAUGAAAGAAAUAAGGUGAAGGCUCUCUCAGAAGAAUUACAAAAUCCAAUGAAUGUUCAUCGAUGGAGAAAACUCGAAGGCAGUGAUCCAACGCAAUACGAACUUGUUCUUAAAACUCAAACACUUCAAAAGAGACUCAUUGCCAAGACAGAAGAAGUGAUGGAAAAAGAUUUAAUUAUUCAAGAAAAGGAAGAAAUGAAUAAGAAAUUGAAAUCCAUUUUAGCACGACAACCAGGACCUGAAGUUGCAGAACAACUCAAUAUUUAUCAAGAAACACUUCGAAAGAAGAAUACACAAAUUCAAUCACUAGCUUCUGAACUCAACUUUUUGCAAUAUAAGGAUAAACAACAAGAAUAUGAAAAGGAAAGGUUGGCACGAGAACUCAAAGAAACCAAGAAGAAAUUUUUACAAACCAAGAAAGAAUUUUAUUUAGAAAAGGAACGAUCUCAGAAUUUAGAAGAGAGAGAAUCUGCAGAAAACUUUAAAGUGACACCUCCAGAGACAAGAAUCCAUUUGGGAGGAGGGUUUUCACUGAACUAG